UUUCCCAGCAGCUUUAUUUGAUGAACUUAACAGGAUAAUCAGCCCACUCGCACCUCGGGCUACAUAUGCGCAUUAGCAGGCUUCGCAUUAUUAUAUCAUUUGAUCACCAUACAUGCAUAAUGAAUACAUGCGGGACUGGAACUCUGGUAGAUGGCUGACCUAUGACCCGAGAACGGAACAAAACAUUAAUAUCAAAUCACCUUAAUGGUUUUGUCUCCUAAUCACGUUUGUGCGCUACUUCAGGCACAUUUUAAACGUAAUUUGAGCUUUUUGCGCAACCUUUUGCGGUGUUUUAUGAAUAUAUGACCGGAUCAUCUCUCCUCGUAACGUGAAAUGCACAAACCUGCUCCUGCUGCGACCUUAAGAGGAAACGAAAUUCUGCUGGAAGGUGGCUUGGUGCGAUGGGAUGGAUGUGUUUAACAGGGGAAACACGUCCUCUCCAUCACAUUGUAACAAUAUUUGCCCAGAAAAUCCCUUAAUGUUCCAGCGUGAAACAUUUCACAUCGGAAUGGGACAUUAAUAGCCUAAAGAUAGCCCGCGGCUGCAGCGAGCGCGCGCACUCUCAGCCAUCCAUCCUUCCUGGACAGAAUGACACAUGCGACACCAGGGCUUAUACGCACGGAGACGCCAACACACGCGCGCACGCACACAGACUCACACUUCUCUGUUCUAAAAAUACCUGAGGUCAGAGUGCAGAGCGGUCCACCUUGGAUGACAUCUCUCCUCAGUGUGAGAUUGCGCAGCAGGGGGUUAAAAGACACCGGGUUCACCGUCUCAGCAGCUCCUCGUGUGCGGAGCUGUCCACCUCCGUCUGCCUCCCAGCCCAUUGUUUGCUCGGCCAAUACAUUAGUGGCGACGCGCGUCACCUUGAUCGACGAGCGCCUGGAAUUUAAAUAGCCCCUCAAACACCAAUCUGUCACCGGCUAAAGGGACAAGGACCCUCACUGGCUGACCCGUGCCCACGUGACAGUGCCCGUUCAUUGAUAUCCCCAGCACCCCCCUCCCUGCACUGAUAGGGACAGAAAGGUAAAGGUUGGCACGGUCACUUUAGGGUGAGAGUGUGGAGAGAUCAGAGGGGGAGAGGACAGUCUCCUGGUCCCAGACUAACGAUGCUACAAUGAGCAGCUUCCUAGAUUACUCGGUGAUGAGCGGUGAGGGUGGCUCAUGUUCGAUCAGGGCUUUCCACUCGGACCACGGGAUUACAACUUUCCAGUCCUGCGGGGCUGCAAUCAGCAGCUGCGGGGCGGAUGAGCACUUCAUGGCAAACAGGACUUCCCCUGACAGCAUCCCUCACCAGCCGGCCUCUUACCAGCCUACUGCCACCUCUAUGGGUCUCUCCUAUGGGGCCCACCCGGCCUGUGGCUCUAACUAUGGGCCCCAAAGUUUCUGCGCCACGUACAACCACUACACACUCAACCAGGAAGUAGACUCUGCACCUGCAUUCCCCCAGUGCAGCCCUUUGAUGUUUUCAGGUAACAUCUCUUCCUCCAUGGUGUCUCAGCAUCGCCAUGGCUACAGUGCUGCCACCUUGGGCCAGCUGCAGUAUGCUGCUUAUGGCGGGGGUCAUGAACAGGCACCUUCUUAUCCUGGGGCCUCCAACCCGCUGUCACCUCUGCAUGCAGCUCACCUGGAAGCUUGCUGCUCACCUCUGUCAGAGAGCGCAUCUUCUGCGCAGACUUUCGACUGGAUGAAAGUCAAAAGAAAUCCACCGAAAACAGGUCGCUCCGGCGAGUACGGCUAUGCGGGCCAGCCGAACAUCGUCCGGACCAACUUCACCACCAAGCAGCUGACAGAGCUGGAAAAAGAAUUCCACUUCAACAAAUACCUGACCCGGGCGCGCCGAGUGGAGAUUGCUGCUGCGCUGCAGCUGAAUGAGACUCAGGUGAAGAUUUGGUUUCAGAAUCGGAGGAUGAAGCAGAAAAAGCGCGAGAAAGAGGGGAUGCUGCCGGCUAAGGUCCAGUCAUCGCACCCGGAAGAAAUAAAUCAAGAGAAAUUAGACGAUGCCGCUUCUGAGAGGUCCGUCUCAGCGCCGUCCACGCCCUCUCCCAGCUCAUCCACGGUGUCCUCCACUGGCACGGACACGUACACCUCUACCUGAGCAGCCUAUCUGGGCCACACGGGCCUGUAAAUACCAACGUUUAAAUGUAUCAAAACCAGAGUCUUUGUUCGUGAAUGACAUUGUGUGAACAUUUAUUAAAGUUAGUCCUCCAUCCGGGAGCUUUUGGAUCACCCUGGAGCUUUAGGUUUAAAUUGUGCAAUGUGUCUGCAAGAACAUCUCUGUAUCUUCAGAUAAGUUUGAUCUGUAACGUGAGCAAAAAAAGGCAGACACGAGUCUGCAAACGAAAACAAAUGUAAAGUGGUGCAUCCGGGUCAUGGCGGGUAUGAUACAGCGCAGGGUGCUGUUAAGUGAGCAACGCAAUGACCUAGUACGCGCGCGUGUACUCUGAUGUGCAUCGAUGCCUGAGGCGCUGAGUUUUAUCAGUUGCGGUACUUUAGGGUCCAAGCUUAAGCGGUUAUUGAAAUGAAACUGGUGCAAACUGGCGCAGAAAGACGAUUACGGGUCAGUCAUUAAAGUGCGUUUAAAAAUUUCCCUCCGUGUUAUGUUUUUGUGGAAACAUGGGGCAACAAAUAAUAAAAGACACAGUUUUGAACCGAGGUAGCACGUAUUUGAUCACAAGUCUGCCUAUAAAUGAGAAAGUGUAGAAAUACCACGUGUGUGUUAAUGUAUGCGUCCGUGCACGCUGCCGUCCCAUGAGGCGAGGAGUUAUUGGCAUAAUAAAGGCUUGUUUAUCCGUGGGGAAGAUGAGAGCGCGUGUCAGCCCAGCGUCGUUUGUGAUGGCCUCAUCGAGUUUACGGCUUAUCGAGGAAAAAACCGGUAUUGAUUGAAACAUGGAGGUUAAGCUAUUGACAAAGACACGGAGCACCGCGGGUCCUGUCACAGUCAGCUCUGACGUCCCCAAGUUACUUGAAGGUGUCCCCAACCUGAUGUCAAGAUGAUGUGAAAACGUGCAGUUCCAAAUCUCAAAGUUUAAGAACUAAAUGCGCAAAACACAUGGGCGUUUUUGUUAGUUUUACGCGUUAAAAACGCUUCUGGGGAUGUAGAAACACAUUGAGUAUUCGAGGCUUUGAGGGUGCGAGCAGGCUGGGUUUUGUUGUGUUAAUUCCUGGUGUGCAGGAUGCGAGUCCAUCCUACCUUAAAAGGACAAAGAAACGCUGAAACACGCAUGAUUAAUGAUCGUCGUUCACCUUUACCUUGGAUCCACCUGCGGGAGCGGCAGACACGUGCAGAGGCUGCAGGAGAGUAAGUUAUGGACACACUCUUCUCUUUUAUUCGAUUAUUCUCACAUCUUUUUAUUUCCAAGGCUGUUUUUGUGUUUGAGGACAAAGAGCGUUUGUGUCACAAGGUUAUUCUGGAAAAAGAGCCGCCCUCAUUCUGGAUUGUUUCGGUACAAAUAGUAAAACACGGUGGUUGCUGCUGUUAAAGCCUCAGGAUUAAGGUUAAAACGUACCGUUAAUUAUUGAUGUUGUUUGUUUGAUGCUUGCUUCUUUUAAAACGUUUUCAGAGUAAAAACCUUUGAAUAUCAGGAAAACGACUAAACUUCCAUCAGUCUGAUUUAAAUAAACGACUUAACAAGUA